GUUAGUAAGUGUCGUUCGUGCUGUAGCUAUCCAACCGCCAGUCUCUCCGACCAUGUGAUGUAGACAAAUAUAUGUUUAUCAAAUUUCAUUAAAUUCGCAUGUGGAUAUAGUAGUUUAGUGUGUUUUUUUUAUUAUUUUAUUCGUUCGAAAUAUGUGGAUUAUUACGUGAUAUGUUCAACAAAUUUACCUAUGGCGGGUCUAUUGAGGGUACCACAUUAUCGACAUAAUAACGAGGACAGCAGACGAACUGGUCCCGAAGAAGGGAUCGAUAAUUUGUUGUUAGUACCCGAGAGUGUAUUGGAUAUGGAUGGUAAUCAACUUAGAGACGACUUAAACGGAUUACGAUUUGCUUUUCGAAAACAGUAUCUGCAAGCGGAUCUUGGUCCUCAGGGAAAUAUUUGGAUAUCAGGAGUAACCACUGUUAACUCUGACAACCGGCCAAGUACUGCACCAACACCACCACAAAAUCCUUCUAAAGGAGGACUUCAUUGGUUUGCCCAUGGCGCAGAUUCAUUUGACUUUUAUGGUGAAACAUAUGAAACAGGAAAAGAUGCUAUCAAAGACCGCGAAGAACGAUUACGACUUGUUCGUGAGAAGCACGAUGAAGAACGCCAAAGAAAACUUGAAGAACUCAAACAACAAGCACUGGCUGUUCAAAGGUAUCGAGAACAAAAAGAAGAGGAAAGACGAAGACGUUUAGAGGAAAUGCGUUCACGUGAUUUCGAAAGGCGGCAACAAGUGGAAGAAAGAAAACGUCAAUUAUUUGAAGCUGAACGAGAGAAACGGGAGGCUAUAUUAAAAAAAAAUCAAGAACGUGAAGCUAGAAUAGAGUCAAAAAGAAGAAAUGAACGUAGUUCAAUUGUCUUUGCAUUUGGUAGUUCCACGCCUCGCAUGCUUGAACCGUCUGAAACAGGAGGAUCGUAUUGGGCCAGUCGCAGAGCUACUUCUACCAGCAAUGUGAUGAUGUUGAGCAGUACAACUCCUAUGGGCCCUCUUACAAGGAGAUCAUCAGAACGUGAGCUGAACGAAUGUUCUGGAAAAAAAAGAGCUGCUUCAGCCGGUGGUUUAUCAAACCGCAACACUGACGAUUUUUCAGAAUACAAUAAGAGACAAUCCGUAACGGAUGUCUUGCGUUGGAGUGAUGUGUAUUAUCCUGUUAUCCCAGAAUACCCUGUAGAUAUGGGGAGUGAAGGUGGUGACGGGAGCGCCGAACGGAAGGCGGCCAGACGCAAGACGGACCUGAUGCCCACCAUCCUGUCCCCACGUGAUCUAACGCCGUGCAGCCGUCCCGGAUCAGCCAGUUCGUCCCGUCGGUCACCAGGUAGGGCGAGUUCGAUGACUCGGCUGGACCGCGCCGCCGCAACGUGCGGCGGCAGUGGUGCUGCUGGAGCAGGAGGAGGACACCUCCUGUCGUCAGCGCGCAGUAUGAGCCAUUUGGCCGUCGGCGGCGGCGGGCGAUCCGCUUUAAGUGUCAAGGAUCGCUCAGCGCACCACCGUAGUAUGAUCGCCUUGAACCCGGUGCCGCCGCCCAGGCUCACUAGAGCCGAGCGACUGCGUAAACGCGCCAGAGAAUUCGCAAACGGCGGUGGUGCAGGUAUGAAAUCUGGUGAAAUGACACCAAGUCGUCCUCAAAGUUCUAUGAGUCAGUCGAGUACUGGACCUUUGCCGUCCCAACCAAGAUCAAGACCUGUGGCGACACCUCGCAAACCGCGGCCUAUCAGUAUAGCUGUGACCGGCAUAACAGCGUCCACCGAUCAAUCUGCGAAAUCUCCGGCCACUGGCGAAAGACCUCCGUUGCCUAAAGUGAAUGUUACCAAAAAAACAAUUACUCCAAAAACAGAAUCGAAAAAAUUCCCAAAUGAUAAUAAACAGUCUACGACAAAGGAAAAAAUUAAAAACACUAAAUCUUCAGAAACUUCUGAAAAUGUCGAAUCUUCUCAACACCAUUCAACUGCAGUGAUGUCCAAAGAUGAAGACAGUCAAGAGAAUUCGAUUCAAGAGUCUAUCAGCGACUUGGCCGAAUGUGAUAUGACCGCUUCUAUGUUGGCUACCAAGCAAAAGAUCUCGACAGAAGAAGAAGCUAAAGCCGCGUUGGCGGAGCGCAGGAGGCUUGCUCGUGAACAAGCAGAAAAAGACGCAGAAUUAGAAAGACAACGAUUGGAAGCUGAAAGAUUAGCUGAAGAAGAACGUUUGCGUUGUGAAGAAGAAGAACAACGUCGACAAGAAGAAGAACAGCUAAGGCUUUUAGAAGAAGCUAGAAAAUCUGAGGAAUUGCGUUUACAAUUGGCUAUAGAAGAGACGAAAAAACGUGAAGAAGAAGAAAAGAAACGGAAAGAAGAAGAGCUCAAGUUAAAAUUAGAAAAAGAAGAAGCGGACCGCAAAGCAAAGGAAGAAGCGGAAAAGCUUAGACAAGAAAUGGAAAUCAAAUUAAAGAAAGAGGAAGAAGACAGGCAACUGAGGCGCAAAAGAGUCGAAGCUAUCAUGCUGAGAACUAGGAACCAAGGCAAAGGAUCCAGUAACGCGUCUACAAAAGAAGAGACUGAAUCUACCGAGCAACAAGCCGGAGAAAAAACGGAAAAAUUGUCAUCGGAUCUGAUGACUACUAGUCAAGGUCCGGUGUCUGACACUGAAGCAAUGUUGACUGCCGAAAGGAAUCAUUCGUCAUCAUCAGUAUUGCCACCAGAUGACGUUUUAUCCAAUGGAUUGCUGCUUGAACCAUCAGGUCCCAAACAAAAUGGCCAUACGAAUAAUGAUGAUAAUAGCAAUAACAGUGGUGCCAUACACCACAGUAAUGGUCACUCAGCAGCAAAUGGCAGUAUCUUUGGCUCUGAAGUACAAUUAAACAAUGUGACAAAUAAUCUACUCGAUUUAUCGCUGGAACCCAUUCCAUCAGAUACCUUAUCUACACAACAAAUCAUUGAUAUUGGUAUGAGCAAGUGCAUUCAAGACAAUGCCACAGACUUUACCGCGUACCAAGAAACCAAUAGAUCAGAAAAACAAAUUGUCAACGAUUUACUGUCAUAAUAGAAUUGAAGUGACCUGUAGUGCGUUGUUGUGGGUAUUGUAUACUUGGCGGUAGAUUGAAGUAUUAAACAAGAGUGCUACUUUAUUGUUAUUUUAUUAUUUUUAUCUAAAUUAUUAAGUAGUUAAAAAAAAAUAAAACAUUUAAAUAACAAUUAUUAUUAUUAUUAUUAUUUAGCCAAGGCUAGACAUACUACUAUAUCAAGAAGACAAAUAUAUCCAUCUAAUAUUUUUAACUAUCUAAUAAAAUCCUUCUUUUUAAUAAAUUUUUGUCUUCAUAAAUAUAAUAAUAAUAAUGAUAAUAAUACUAGUAAUAAUCUUACCUUGUUAACUAUAUUCACAAGCAUAUGUAUAUCGUUAUUAUUGCGUUUAAUGUUCAACAAUAAAAAAUCAUUUGAUGUAUUAAUUAUCUAUGUAAUACAAUGACAUACAAAUUGCUUUGUCUUACCAACAAAAGAAAACCUGUCCCUAUAACAUCUCUUGGCAUUCAAACAAUACACACUGACAAUAUCGUCGAGUUGGAAUUUUCCGUUUUCCUUGUCUUUUCCUUAUCCUUGUAUUUAGUCCGUAUUUUUCAUCUCAUCAACUUGUUACAACCUUAUUUUCAAUUUUUUUUUUUUUUUCAGAAAUCCGCCCACUACCUUUUCACUUUGUGUGCUUUUGUAUAGCCCGACGAUGAACUCCUUGACAGUCUUUACUAGCUUGCAGACCCAUUCGUGCAAAUCCUAAUCCCACAAGAAGUUUUGUUCUUAUUAUUUAUUCGUAAUGGUAGAGUUAACGCAAGUUUAUUUGCUUGGAUAAAGCCAUUUUUCAGGAAAUUGUGUACUUUGUGCUCGCAUGCACUUGAUUUAUUUUUCAUCAAUCUCAAAACAAAAGAAAAACUUUUUAACCUUCCCAGCGACGAAGUAUAAUAUUUUAAUUACGAGUCUAUCUAUUCACAAAGACUAGAUACCUAUGAAUUUUUAGUGAUUUGUUAUUAUAAUCGUCUUAAAUUUUUUUAUUGUAAAGUGAACAAUCUUUUUCCGACGGAUUAAUAUGUAACCACAGUUUGUAGUAGGAUGAUAUGUAUUUCUGUACGACAAUGACUUUUUAUUGUAAAGGAAGACAAAGACAAUUUUGUAUGUUUUUUUAUUUUUUUGUUUUAUUAUUAAAUCGAUAGUAACGUAGAAAGGUUUUUUAAAUAUCUAAACUAUACUAAACGAACAUGUCUUAAUCAUUGAUUUGAUUUUGUAAACUUAAUAGCGAUAUCUAUACAACUAACCUUUUAAUUUA